UUGAACGAGCCCUCAGAGGAGGAGGAGGGCAGAGGGAAGAGGAGGAGGAGCACACCUCCACCGCCUCCUCCUCCUCCUCCUCCUCCUCCUCCUCCUCAUCCUCCUCCUGAGGCGCACAUCGAUGUGACGCCGCUUAUACCUGAGGACAGAGCUCUACCUGUGGAUCGUCUCCCGCCCGGCAGCACCAUGGGGAUCUCUGCGUCCAGUCUGCUGGAUGAAGCCAAAUGCAACUACAUCAGAGGCGAGGCCGAGAACAAGUUGAAGGAGUUUAGUCCGUACUACAGGAAGCAGUUCUCUGUGGCCCACUUUGCUCAGGUUGAGGAUGACCUGGAGCAUAACAAGGAGAAAAUCACUCAGCUGCUCAAACAGAAGGCCACUCCAGAGGAGGGUGAGCUGCUGUACGAGGAGGCUGUUUUUUAUUUCGACGACACCAGGAAGUGGAGGGAGAGGUACGUGGUGGUGAGAGCCAACUACUGCCUGGAGUGCCACGACAGCCUGGAGACUUUUAUUAAAGGGGUUCCACCUCGACACAAGCUGCUGCCCACAGGGGGCACUGUCCUGACCACGGAGGAGGCGUACAUGGCCAUGGUGGACAAAUGCUUUCCUGGUGACAGUGGUGUGAAGGAGGAAUUUGCGCCUCCUCUGCCGGGAAUGCCGGGUCAGUUUCCAGUCUACCUGCGUCUCCCCUACAGGAGGGACUCGUACUUCUGCUUCAGACAGCAGGCCAAACAAGCAGACUUCCUGUCCAUCCUAUCAGACUGCAUCAGGCACCAGAACCAAGACUUCCUGAAGAAGAAGACGUGUGAGGUCCAGGCCUUCCUGAAAGCCGUGCAGCUGCACCGGCAGGACGCCGGCCACUACGAGGCCUGGGACAUGCUGAUGGGAAGCGACGUCAGGGUGAUGGCCAACCUGGUGAUGGAGCAGCUGCUGCCCUCUCUGGAGAAAGACGUUCUGCCUCGCCUCAAAGCCAAAAAGACGGAGAAGAAGAAAGUUUGGUUUGCAACGGUGGAGGCGGCGUACAUCCUGGUCCAGGAGCAUCUGCUGGAGGGGCUGUCGAUGCUGAAGGAGGAGUGUCGCUCAUCGGCCCGGCAGCAGGAGGUGCAGAUCCACUCCGACAUGGACCAGAUCCUCAGCUCCAGACGGCAGCUAGAGGAGAACAUCCGAGCCAAAGUGUCGGACCCGGCUGAGAGGCUGUGCUCUGACUCCGUCCAGCCCUACCUGGGCUCGGUCCUGGACGAGCUGAUGGAGCCAGUCAGCUCCGGGUUCCUGGAGGGGCGACAGCUGAGCGAAGCGGCAAUGGACCAGGUGUGCCACGACGUCCUUCAGGGAACAGAGGGCGAGGAGCUGAAGAAGGCGCUGGCCGACAUGGCCAGGCCGAACCUGCUGAGCUGCUACCAGAAGAUCGGCUCUCUGCAGGAAAGGCUGCAGAACCUGAAGGAGAGAUUCGGCUUCUCCAGCACCACAGGAGUGAUCCACAGCGCUCAGAUCGACCUGCAGCAGCUGAUGGAGAACGCUGCCUACACCUUCCAGCAGCUGCUCUCUAAAGCCAUCGAGGACCACCCCGACAGCCCCGGCGAGGCCAUCGAAAAGGCCAAACACCGAGUGCUGAAGCAAUACGACUAUGACAGCAGCACGGUUAGGAAGAGGAUCUUCCAGGACGCGCUCGUCUCCAUCACGCUGCCUUUCAUCAAAAAGAACCUGGCCCCCACCUGCAAAGCUGAGCUUCAGACUCUGGAACAAACCAUCUAUUCUGACCACGCCAACUUCCUCCAUGUUGAGAACGUCUAUGAGGGCAUCCUCCUACAGAUCCUGGACAAGGAGGUUUCUAAAGUGGUGAAGGAGGCGGCCAGCCUGAAGAAGCACAACCUGAUCACAGACAGCCGAGACCUGCUCAGUCGUUCCAGUCGCUCCAGCCUCUCCUCCCCCACCGUCUCCACCCCCAGCAGCCCCGCGCUGUCCUCCCCCGUUAAAUCCUCAAAGCCUCCAUCUCCUUUGGUGGCCAAUGGUCUGCCACCAAGCCUCCAGAAGGAAGAGGACCCUACACCAAGCCUCCAGAAAGAAGAGGACCCUACACCAAGCCUCCAGAAGGAGGAGAACCUGACACCAAGCCUCCAGAAGGAAGAGGGCCUGCCGCCGAGUCUCCAGAAGGAGGAGGAACUGAAAAUGAGCCUCCAGAAGGAGGAGGACCUGACACCGAUCCUCCAGGAAAAAGAGGAAGAACUAACACAGAACCACCAAAAAGAGGAGGACAUGACCCAGAGCCUCCAGAAGGAGGAGGACCUGACAUCAAACCUCAAGAAAGAGGAGGACAUGACACCAACCAAAGCUUCAGCGCGGGAGGACUUUGACGGAGGGGAGGCAGAAGAAACCCCGGCUCCAUCUGAGGCUCAGGACGCUGCAGCUCCGCAGACUUUGACUCAGAGGGAGGUUUCUGUGGAGACGACAGCUGCUGAGCCUGGAGAGCAGAGCCUAGAUUCUCCACAGGAGGCAGAACCCGCUGUGUUGGAGAGUCCAGGUUCUGUACAGAGUCCAGCUGAAGCAGGAUGUCCUGAUGAAACGAAUAAACCCGAAAACCCCCCGACAGGGGGAGGUGAAACUGAGGAGGGCUCAGAGGAGAAGACAGAGGCUCCCUUUUGGGGUGGAGACAACAAACUGAAGCAGGCAGAAGCGGAACCAGCUCCCUCAGACCCCAAUUCUCUGGACGUGUUGGUGGGCAGUGAGUCGGCUCCUUCGGAUCUCGAGUCCUCAGACGAGGUCUCAGCCACCUCUGAUGUUCUGGAGAUCAUCGAAGCACCGCUGAGCUCUGACCAGACAGCCGAGGUCCAAACCGAAAGAGGCGAACUGCCCACUCCGACCCAGACAGAGCUCAAAGCCCACCAGGAUCAGGACACUCUGCCUGAAGAGGGGGGGCCUCCCAGCCCAGACGCACAGCCCCUGGACUGCAUCAAGGAGAUCCGCAGCCUGGUGGUGGAGGUGAUCGAGGUGGAGGAGCCAGUGCAGCAUUAUCAAGGCGAGGAGUAA